AAAAACGUACUAGAAUGACUUGGGGCGACGACAAUCCGAUCGAAGAAAAGAGAAGAGGCCGGGAUGGAGAGCGGCAGCGCGCGGGCCGUCCCGUCGUCGAAGUCCUCCCAGAGCAGAGUAACCUUCGGCGACGAAGAUUCAAUCGAAGAGAAGAGAGGAAAGAUCGAGAGCGGCAGCGCGCGAGCCGUCGCGUCGGCGGGGGCUCCGCAGAGCAGAGUGCCCUUGGGUGCGGACGGCCGUCCGCUCGACGGCGUGAUGCGUGCCAGCCUCAUUCGCCACUUGAAGCAUGCUGACGGCUCCAUCUUCAGAAGCAACGGUUAUUGGACGAAAGUUUAUCGUCUCCAAGAUGCCAGCGAGACUUGUCUGGAGCCAAUGAUGAUGACCGAGCCAUUAGCCUCCUGCAUGCCUGACGGGAUGGUUUGUGGAAGGCAACAUUUUCGCACCAUGCUGCAGAUAUUCUCCCUGAAGCUAGCUUACACUUCUUCACAUGUUACUGGCCCAGUCCAGUUGUAUGGAUACGUGGCUGUCAGGGAUCUUUUGAACCCUAUGCGUAACUACAUCUUCAACCGCACAAGGGAUGAUCCUUUCGUCGUGGAGCAUGACGGCCUUAUACAAAUGACUGGCCCUAAGAGGGGCAUCAGAAUGGGGGCUCCCGUGCUGAUUGAGUUUGACAUGAAGGUCAAGAGAGGUGUCGGAGAAGCAGAAGAUGAUUUACAGCUCGUCGAUUGCGUUGCCUGCCUCAACGACAUAACCUCGAGACAUGCUACGAAGAACAGAAGACGGAUCGACGGCGAUUGCGGGGCGGUGGACAUAACCUAUUCACUUCUGAGGGGCGCCGCGGAGGCCACCGUGCAGGUUGGGAUAUCAGAGCUGGCACAGGACAGUGGCUUGAUAAGGCUGAACGCAGCAUUGUUUUACACCAAGGAGUUGAGCGCGCAGAUCCAGCUGUUUGACGGAGUUGUCGCCGCCGAGGCGUCUGAGCUGAGCAGGACUGUGGUUGCCGUGGCGAAGGGAGGUCAGUUGCUUGUAUCGUUGAUGCUCAAUCAGACUGGUGGCUCGGGUGAUUGCGCUUUCAGUCGUAGCUGCACCUUCCCUGUUCAAAAGCAUGGAAACCAUGUCUCCGUUUUCAAGCUUGGGCUGGCCACUAUCGAGGUGAAGGUAACCUGGUCAACUUUGGACAUCCCCGGAAGCCUUUUGGGUCCAAAUUGCUUCCAGUGGGAGUUCAUGGCAGCUGAGGACCUUGGGUAUGAAGGUGACUGAAUAGCACUUCCUCUUGGUGGGGUGUCCUCACUCCUACUCCCUCCGUUCCUAAAUAUUUGUCUUUCUAGAGAUUUGAACAAGUGACUACAUACGGCACAAAAUGAGUGAAUCUACACUCUAAAAUAAGUCUACAUACAUCCGUAUGUUGUGUCCAUUUAAAAUGCCUAGAAAGACAAAUAUUUCGAAACGGAGGGAGUAACUAACUAAGUAUUAUAGGAUGUUUGUUAUCUGGAUGUCUAUGUCAUUUCUGAAUGCCUAUGUGUAUGUGACAUAGCCGAACUUUGUGGUUUGCUAUAUCUGUACUAAGUUUGUUUGUGUUUGAUUUUC